GAGUAAGUAUGCGCUUUUCUUUGUAUACUGUGUAACAAAAUAUUUUUGGAAAUAUUCGGAUGCGUUUCGCCGAUUCUAGAUGAUAUUAGAAUCACACACACGAACGAAGCUUUUGUAUUUGCAAUAAUUGUGGUGACGUUUUAUCAAUCUAAUAAUCCGAAUUGCGAUACUAAUAAUCCAAAACUAAUAUUGCAAAAAAAGUGCAGUUAUAAUCGUUUUGUUUCAAAGAUUGAACAUGAUCUUUUGUUAACGCAUCUGCAUAUGAAGAAACAUUCUGCGUUGUGUUUUAUAUUUUGAAAUUAGUUCAAGAGAGCAUAUAUCUCGCUUAUAAAAUACAUGAUAUUAAACUUUUGUUAAAUAUAUAUAUAUCCUGUUGUUUCUUAAAGAAAAAGCUUAGUUAUUUCAAAAUAACUAAUUUAUAAAUAAAAUCUUAAGUUCCUUAGAUAUUAGACUUUCUGAAAGUAACUAUGCCUCGUGCAAAGAGAACCAGAGUAAAAAGCGAUGAUGCGUCAGGUCCAAAAAAGCUUAAACAAUCAGGUUCAGAUACCUUAGAUUACAUGACUCAAAUACAAACAACUUUGGGUAUAAAACAAAGUACAGAGAAAAAUCGAGAUGCAAUUGAACAUUCAUCUACAGUGCUUACCUCUACUUCCAAUAUAGAAAAAAAUAAAGAUACUAUUGAACACACACCUGUAGCGCUUGGAUCAAUUUCUGAUAAAUUAUUAUCAAUUGAACAAGAACUUUGUAUUAAAUUAAAAGAUGUUACUUUUCCAUCAGUGAUACAAUAUAUUUACAAUCCACUUGAGUAUGCAUCUGAAACACAUGCCAUGUAUGUACAUAAGUACUGCACUGGCGAAAAAAAAGUUUUAUUUGUUGGCAUGAAUCCUGGACCAUGGGGCAUGUCACAAACUGGUGUGCCAUUUGGAGAAAUAAGCAUGGUGCGCAAUUGGCUCCAAAUUUUUGGUCCUGUUGGAAGUCCGUUAAAAGAACAUCCUGAUCGAAAAGUCACAGGAUUCCAAUGUACACGUAGUGAGAUUAGUGGACUAAGAUUGUGGGGCCUCUUUCGAGAUUUGUGCGGUAGUCCAGAAAACUUUUUUCGAUAUGCAUACAUGCACAAUUAUUGCCCAUUUGCAUUUAUGGAUGCCAAAGCUCGAAACAUUACACCAGCAGAAUUAAAGGCAAUAUUUAUCCCACUACAUUUCUUUUCUUUAUGCUGAACUAUCUGUUCUUUUUAGGGAGAAGGACAAAAAAUUUUACAUGAGGCAUGCGACAAAUCCUUGAUAGAU